CUGGUUGAUAUCAAUUGGUUGAGUUUAAAAGUGUGUGAUUCUAUAGCGAACUUCUACACAUUGCAUCAUUGAGCUUUUAAGGGUGUUUCUUAGUAUCUUGCUGAUUAUUGAGACUAUACACCGUCGUUUUCUGCCAUUCUCUGCCUAAUAGUCCCAUACUCUUCCCCUAGUCGUUGUUGAAGGUGCCCAUACAGUUGGGCUAGCAAAGUAGGUCCAGGUGUCCCCAGCGUUGGUGUAAAAACACAAGAUGGGACUCAGGAGACACACGCUGAGACCACGGAAGCAAUUGGAGAUCCGUGUCAAUAUUGUUGCUGCAAAGGACUUGGUUGAUAUGGCGAAUGCCUCGGGCUGUAUCAUGGUGGCCCAAUGUGCGUUCAACAGACAGAGAAGACGGACAAGGAAAGUGAAGAGAACAGUGGGCCCUGUUUGGAACUCCACUGUGAAGCUCUCGCUUUCUCCGAACGAUAACAGCGAUGUCAUACACCUUGCUGUUUUCGAUAGACAUAGAAAGUACUCUCUAUAUCUAGGUGAGAUACGGUUCUCCGUGAUUGAACUCUUCAAGGAUUCACCAAGAGUUGAGGCUGUCUGGUACAGAUUGCACUCGUCCAAGUCUCAGAAUAAGUUCGUGACAGGCUCUAUAAAGGUUGGCUUUGAGCUAGUCUCGAAGGGAGAUGUUAAAGAGGCGUUUCACUCGUGGGGGUUGCUGGCUCAACACCAUAAGAUCAAGCUGGAUGAGCAGUGGUAUUACCCUGAUACUGAGACCGAUGUGGAUUCCUUAGCAUCGGACGAGGAAGAUGAGGAACUGCUCAAAGCUGAUAGUCAUGGUUUAGCGAAGAAGUUUUCUUCAAUGACUAAUCUGACUGUGCCAACGUAUCUCCACUCAGUAGACAACACCGACGGUUCUGAAAUGUCAGAACUCUCGGACCAUAUACCAGAUACUGAAAGCAGAAAAGUGGUACAUCCAAAUACGGUGAUUGGUGUCAUUACGCUGAAUAUCGAGGAAGCUGAGGGGCUUCCUCCUUUCAAAGGAUUCAUGAAUAAAAGCUUCGAUAUGGAUCCCUUCGUCGUUAUAUCGUUUGGCAAAAAGACCUUUAGAACAUCAUGGAGAAAGCAUACUCUAAACCCGGUGUUCAACCAGAAAUUGGUGUUUGAAGUGAUUUCUAAUGAAACAAAUUUCGAUAUCGUCUUCACCGUGAUGGAUAAAGACCAUAUAUCAUUCCACGACAAAGUCGCCAUGGGAUCCAUACCGGUUGGCGAGUUCAUAGAUGGUAAGAAGAAAGAGUUCAACCUGGAACUUACAAUGCAUAGGAAAAUGGAUGGUUACAGGCCUCAUUUGAAGCUCACCCUUGAGUUCAAGCCAUACUCGCAGUUGAAACGUGAAAUGUGGAAUGUUGUGCUAGAUAAAUAUGGCCCUAAUUUAGAUCUCCUCAGCUUGGAACAGUUCCUUGUGGUUUCUGGGAUUGAUGAGGACUCUUCGCAGUUCUUUUACCUAAACAACAAGAACAUCGAUAAUACACUCUCAGUACCAGAAAUAGUCAAGGUUCUCAAGGGGAAGAACAUGUGUCUAAAACGUUGUCCUAUAUGUCUCAAAUCCAGUGCAUUUGACUUUGUUACACAUAUUGCAAUUUGCUCACAGAGUGAUAAAUUGAAGUCGUUCGCUACAACGGGUUUGGCAACCAAGAGAUGGUACUCCAAGAUGCUCAUUAAGGUGGCUUAUGGCAGAUAUGCCCUGGGUAAAAACAAUGCCAAUAUCCUGGUUCAGGAUCGUGUAACUGGAUUCAUCUUGGAGGAGAAAAUGGCAUUGUAUAUCCGACUUGGUAUCAGACUGUUCUACAAAGGCACAGGUGCUGAUACAAAGCGAAUCAAAAACGUUUUGAGAAACAAAUCUUUCAAGCAAGGUGCAAAGUUCGAUGCACCAGCAUCUGUAAAGUACAUUGAACCCUUUAAGAAGUUUUACAAACUUGAUAUAUCUGAGUGUUUAGAUGCAGAUUAUAAGACGUUCAAUGAAUUCUUUUACAGGAAGUUGAAAUCUGAUGCACGUCCUUUGGAGUCCACUGACUCCAGAGUGGCUGUUUCACCAGCAGACUGUCGUGCAACAACAUUUCAAGACUUGGAAUCCGCACAAAGACUGUGGAUAAAGGGGAAAUGCUUCUCAAUAAGGAAGCUAUUGGGAAAUGCAUAUACCGACAAAUUUGAGCAGUGUUCAAUUGGCAUAUUCAGGCUAGCACCCCAGGAUUACCACAGAUUCCAUUGUCCUGUAGAUGGUGUAAUUAUGGAACCAACUUACAUCGAUGGUGAAUACUACACGGUGAAUCCUAUGGCUGUUAGAUCCCAUCUGGAUGUAUAUGGAGAGAAUAUUCGUGUCGUUGUACCUAUAGAAACUGACAGCUUUGGACUAGUGAUGUUCAUAGCAGUAGGUGCUAUGAUGGUUGGAUCCACGGUUCUCACAGUUAAACCAGGGAACCAUGUGGAAAGAGGUGAAGAACUAGGUUACUUCAAAUUUGGUGGUUCAACAUGUCUGGUACUAUUUCAGAAGGGUACGAUCAAAUUUGAUUCUGAUUUACUUCAAAACUCUACAGAAACCAUUGAAACGCUGGUUAGAGUCGGCAUGUCCAUUGGCCACACGCCAAAUACCAAUGAGGUUAAGAGACAAAAGAAGAAAUUCCAAGACGAACCUGAAGAGGAACAGCUCAAGAUUAUAAGAACUAUAACCGGUGGUGGCGAUGCUAAACAUUCGUGGGAGUUUUACAACUUGGAGACUGAAUCAGAUGCUGAGAUUGACUACAUUGAAGAUGAAGACGAAGAUUAUGAACUAUAAUAUCACACUACAUAUCACUUGCUAAGACGGGGCUUUUAUUUACUAUAAAAUCAAUAGAGCAUCAGUACUCUUGUAAAUUACCAAGGAGUUUCUUUUCCUUCGCAGUCCAGGAAUUUACCCGAGUCGGUGACCAAAGAUGACCUUGCGGAUAG